UUGUCACGUGACCGACCACUUGACACAACAGACGAAGAAACCGGAAAUGUAGCGAUUAUUCAUCCAAAAAUCCAUCAUGUGGAGUUUAAAUAGCACAAUAUAUGUUUUAUUGAGGACAUGGCUUGUUUGUGUUUCGCUUUUCUUCAGCCUCGGACUGGCUGGGAAAAUGAAGAUUGUGGAGGAGCCAAACACGUUCGGGCUGAACAGCCCGUUCAUGGCGCAGGGAAAUAGGCUGCAGCCCAAAGUCUCUCCAGCGCCUGUGUCUGGCCCGGCGCAUCUACAUCAUCUUGCAGGAAAGUGCUUCAGUCUCAUAGAAUCGAUGUAUAAAUACGAGUUCUGUCCCUUCCACAACGUGACUCAGCACGAGCAGUCAUUCAGGUGGAACGCCUACAGCGGCAUAUUGGGGAUCUGGCAGGAGUGGGAAAUGACCAACAAUACUUUUACAGGCAUGUGGAUGAGAGACGGCGACACAUGUGGAACCAGAAACAGAGAAACAAAGGUGGUUCUAGUUUGCAGCAACAGCAGCAAACUGGUCCAGGUGUCGGAGCCCAGCACCUGCGUUUACUCGCUGACCUUUGAGACGCCGCUCGUCUGCCAUCCACACUUGCUGCUGGUGUACCCCACCCUGAAUGAGAAGCUGCAGAAGGAAUGGGACGAGGUGGAGCAGGCUCGCUACGACGGCCUCAUUACUGAGCAGGGGUACAACAACCUUCUGAAAGACGUUUUUGAGGAUGCUGGACUCCUGAAGAGCAACAAAGUGAUGGAGACUGUUGCAGAGGCUGAAACACGUUCAGAAAAACACAACUCCUUACAGAAAUGUCAAGAAGAUUAUCAAAAGCAGAAUGAAGAGAUAGCGAGGCUGCGGGCUCUCCUCACCCUGAAUAAUAUUCCCUUUGAGUCACAGCAAAAUGAGGAGAAAGGUGCAGCGACAGCGCUGGCUACAGAUCAACACCUGAGAGGAGACACGGGCCUUUUUGACCAGCUGUGAAGAUCUCCUAUACAAACAGGAUGUUCAGGGUUUUUCUGUUUGUUUUUAAGAUUUUCAGUCUCUGAGGUCCACAGGAAAACAGUCCCACAUGUUUGGAUGUUUUAUAUGUAGUUUGGACUUUAACCUGUGUAUUUAUGUUAUGUGCAACAUCGUUGGAAUAAAAAAAAACACACAAAAAAUGCAAUAUGUCCUUUUUUUAAUUACAAGAAUAAAGUCAUAAUAUUAUGAUCAAAAUUGAGCAACAAAGUCGUAAUACAACAAAACCUAACUGAUAAAGUUAUACUGUAUGACUUUAUUUUGGUAUUAUUACAAGUUUAUUUGCUUAGUACGACUUUAUUCCAGUAAUGACUUUUUUCUGGUAUUACACCUUUAAUCUUGUAAAAACUGUAAAACUUUAUUCUGAUAUUAUUGCAAUUUUAUGCUUGCUGAGACUUUAUUGCAUUUUUUAUGACUAUUCUGAUUUUCCUAACUUUAGUUGCUCAUUGUGACUAUUUUUACAACUCAACUUUUCUUGUGUUAUUCUAACUUUAUUCUUGUAUUUUUAUGACUUAAGUUGUUCCUUAUUAUGACUUUUCUUGUGUUAUUCCGACUUUGUUCUUGUAUUGUAAUACAAUUAUUUAGGUAAUGAUUGUAUUAAAGGGAUACAUUCCCUUUAAUACGUAGCUUAAUCUGCCUCCCGCACUUGAACUAUCUGAAAGCACAAAUCCACAUUUUUCGCCUCUCUUCGGUUUCAGCACACAUGAUCUUUAAAUCCUUAACUUGGCCUUUGACUCUUGAUCAUGAUGCAGGCUUGAUGCAGAAGUUGAAUUCAGUAGGAGCUCCACAUCGUUUGCAGCCGUCAACCCCUCUGUACACGUUUGAAACAUUUAGAUUAGCGAAUUCUUUUUAGCUCCCGAUAACCUGUUUACUUGGUGGAUAUGUAAAGACCAGACCGUUGGAGGGUGAAGAACAUCUUCUUCCAAGACGUCUUCAAGUAUCCCUUCUAUGCAGAAAAAUCCCUUGAUCUGAGGAGAUUUCCCGUUCGAGGUCAGCUCCCGAAUGAACACUGUCCACGUCGUCUUCCUCAUGGCGUCCUCGCUGUUGAGAUCAUUGCAUUUGCAAAGAAGCGCCACUGUAUAUGGAAGAACUCGUACUUGUCGGGUUCUUUUGGAGAACAUGAAUCUAUCUGAAUAAAGCAGACUUGCAUUAAGUUUUUUUAUUAGAGAAAAACUGAGCCUUAUUGAAAAUAUAAAGAUUCUGCUUAAACCCAGAAAUCAGUCGUAAUCAAAUACAUUUACUUGAGUAACAGUUUGAAAAGAAAUGCCCUUUUAAAAGUAUUUUAUUGCACAAAACCUUUGACUUUUCCUUGAUUUGUGAACUAAUACUUGUAACGUUUACUUCCCUACAUUAAGAAAUAUUUUAGUUACUUUAAUGAGGAUAUACAUAAAAAAAAUAUUAUUAGUGAUGCAGCAGGUUGGCCGAAAGGUUCCUGGACCAAAUCCUGAGUAACACUACUGAUACUUUAGUAUGCUUUUAGGCCUUCUUCACACAUCUACGGAAAGGCACAACUGCCACAAACAGCCACUUUUGCUACACGUCUGAUUAAGAAGUCACACAAAUUCACACUCCGGCUUUUGACCGAAAAAAACCAUAAAAUACGGCAAAAGCGUCAUUAUUUUUUUUAUGCCGUUAUGUCACAUAAUUAUGCGUCACUAAGCACUAACAUGUAACAUUCAAUAACCUCAAUAAAUGCCGUAAUUCUUGGAGUUCAGAAGGCAGUCUUAAAACGUCAUAAGAAGUAGCAUUUUGACAGGAUUUUUUCUGCAUUUUACACCAUCUUAAGUCAUAAAAAGGUGGUUUUUUUGUGUAGCUUUUUAACAUGAAACUUGGUAAAAGUGGUGAUUUGUGGCACUUCUAGCUUUCCAUACACCUCUGACUAAUACCACACUACACAAAAAACUACAAAAAAUAAACAACUUCAAGUAUCAGGAGUGGUAUUAAUGUACACUUAAAUAUAUAGUGUAUAUUUCUGAUCCUGUGUGAAUGAAAGAACAUUUACAAUAAAUUUACUCUUGAUUUUUCAUAAAGAAACAAAGUAAAGCAGUAAAAUUAUUUACUCUAAAAUCAGUUUAUAGGAAAAAAAAAAUUUAUUAUAAGAAUCAUCAAAUAAAUAUGCCAUAUAUAACUGCUAAGUAUGUAAAUCUGUGUUCAAAACAGAUAAAUCAUAUUUGGUAAAUUAGAAUAUGUAUAAAAGUAGUGAUUUGAGGCACUUCUGGCUUUCCAUACCCCACUGCCUAAUAACAUGCUACACUAAAGAGUAUUAUAUUUCUGAUCCUAUAUGGAUGAAAAAAACAUUUUCAACAAAUUUACA